AGGCCGGCCUUGCGCCUACAAACCCCCGCUGCAGGGCACGACGACGACUUCCCCAAGUUCGAGCCAUUCGCACCACCACCAUGGAAGGCCUCCAGCGCCGCCCCGCGGCGGCCGCGGCCAACGCGAGGGCGCAGCAGCCCCCGCCCGCCAUCCACUGCGACGUCGAGCCGGCGCCGCGGCCGUGGCCGGGGAUGCAGAUGCUGGCCAUCGCCGCCGUCCUCGUGCUCGGGGGCCUCCAGUUCCUGCCGGCCACCCACUUCCGCCACCCCGCCGACCCCGGCCGCAACUGGGUCCCCUUCGACCCCACGCGCCACCCCUUGGAUAUAUCUGGACGUAUAGAGAUCUUCUCUUGGAUAAGCUGUCUGGAUCUUCGUACUCUUGCUGUGCUGACGAACUCCACCCUGUCCAGCUCAAGUGAACCACAUGAUGUAUACUUCAAUUUCCUGAUACCUGAAGGAGGCAAUGACAAAUUGCCCUUCUACAAGAUAAAAUCAGUGUUACCUGAUUCAAAUAUUACUGUUACUAGUCAAAAGCAAAUCAAGGAUAAGCUAAAUGUGGCCACUCCAGAAGGAAACUUUUUUUGGUCAUUCCACAAUGAAUUAUCGUCAAUCAUUAUCGCAACAACUCAACCCUCAAAGAAGAGAUAUGUUUAUAUCUCAGCAGACUCAGUCAUAAAGGGCAAAAUUGAAGAGCUUGCUCGCAUUGAUUUAGGCAUUUAUGCCAUUGGUGCUGUUGAAGAUUGUAGCAAGCGUGUUGGCGACUACACCAAUAUGGAUGUUCUAAAUGCUGUUCAUAGGACAGCUCCAACAGGUUUGGCAUCUACAGAACCUUAUAACAAGGACACGUGCUUACUUGAUAUUGAUGUGCUUGUGGUGGAGCCACGCAAUCUCAAAAGAAAUACGAUUGACGCUAUCAAGGUGUGGGUCACAGGCCUUAGCCUAGCUAAUCCAAGGGAUGGCAUUCAGUUGGCGAUAACUCUGGCCUUCUAUGACAAUUAUCUAAAGCUACCUUCCAGCUGGAAGCGCGGAAAUGCUAAUGCGGACAUUCUCCACUACGACGGACCCAAGAAUGUUUGCUCUGCAGAUGGUCGUCAGCAUCAAGAACAAGGCUCUGGCGAGACCUGGCGGCAGUACCUUAGUGAGAAGUCCGACGCAAUGCUAAGCACCUGAGAAACUGCCCUUGGUCAUACGUCCUCCAUUGUGUGGUAGUGGAAGACGAGUAUUUGAUAGGGCUUUCAGGCUUUCAGGCUUUCAGGGGUAACACAGGAUAGAAGAUACGGGUUCCUCAUUAACCUGUCACACAUACCCGUGAAAGAUUGUGUUGUCUACCAAUUGAUCACUAAAUUUUUGUACUCAAUAGACUGAUUUUUUCAGCAAAGCCAACAAGCAUAGCGUUGCUCAACUUUCCUGUUUAUGCUCUAAUUGUUGAACUGAGUUCAUGUUGCUUUGACAA